AGCAAGACGGAGGAGAGAAGCUGACACAUCCAGGAUGGUUUUCUGCUCUCGCAGUCUGGACGGGCUUUAAGAUGAAGUGAAAGGAACAUCUACUGUAACCAGCUACAGCGACCUCCACCCUUGAAUAGCAAAGGCGUGUGUCUGUGUGUUGAAGCUCGCCGGCAUCAGGAACCAGGUCGUGUGGUAAGCAGCAGUUUCUCUCCUCUCCUGGCCACUGAAAGGCCUUUCUGCAUUCGCCUUGCCAGAGCAGGACGCUGACCCCACUGCAGUGUCGGAGUGAACUGGAUUCAAUGAGGGAGCCAGAACAGGAGGAGCAGCCUGAAGACAACAUGCCUCCCAAGUUUAAACGACACCUCAACGAUGACGAAGUGACAGGAUCGAUCCGGAGUGAAAGGAGGAACCUUCUGGAGGAGGACUCAGAUGAGGAAGAAGACUUCUUCCUGAGAGGGCCGACAGGACCCAGGUUUGGACCCCAGAGUGACAAGCUCAAGCAGGUGCAGUCGCAAGUGGACGAGGUUAUUGAUGUGAUGCAGGAGAACAUCUCCAAGGUGAUAGAGAGGGGAGAGCGUCUGGAAGACCUGCAGGACAAGUCAGAGAGCCUAUCUGACAAUGCGUCGGCCUUCAGCAGCCGAGCCAAGCAGCUGCACAGGAGGAUGUGGUGGAGGGACAUGAAGAUGAAGAUGAUUAUUGCCUUGGUCGUCGUCGCUCUCCUGCUCAUUAUUAUCAUUCCAGUGAUUUUGAGGUAUCGCUAAUGUCUGAGGGGAGAGUUCACCCCUGCGCUCCUGCUGUCCAGGGUACCAACACGAGAGCACCAUUUAGGUGUUUCCUGAUGGCUUUGAGAAUGGGUCGUAACAUCGAGACAUCUAAAUUGUAAAACUUGAAAAAAGUGCUGCUUCAUGACAUCAAUGUGUCUCCAUGUCACGGGGACAUCUCCACUGGAGUUUUGAUCUCGACCCUGAGAAAACAUGCAUCAUUCUGUUCUCAUUCGCGUAUCAAGCUCAAUCUCUUAGCAUCUAUUUAUUCAUGUUUCAUUUUGAGCUACAUUGCUGCACUUUUUAGCUCUGGACUCUGUUCACUGUGUUGCGUUCUUUACAGCUACUGCAAGUGUACAUGAAUGCUUUGGAUAAUCGGGUUCUUCAUUGUCUUCAAUGCAGCGUUAGUGUCACUGAAAUGCAGCAACGGUCCACACACACAUACACAGCCAUGUAGCAGUAUUAAACUGGAUAUAGGUCUUGUUUCACAAGGUCAGAGCACCAAAUUUGCUUUCAUGGAUCUGCAUGUCAUUUCAAGCUUUACCUUCAUACAGCCCACUUUAAAUCCCUUACAGACUCCUCUGUUGAAACAAUCUCGCUCCGGGUGACAAGGAGCACCUUUUUGGGGGAGCGUCAAGUCAAGCUGUGAGUCAGGAGUGUCGACCUUUCCUCGUACAGUACGUGGACAGCAAAAGGGACUGCACAUUUUUAUCGCCGUCAAAGUCUUGUUUGUUGGUAGCUUGUCUAUCGUACAGAAGAAAUGUAUCGCCUAAUGAAUGUCUAAUCUCCAGCUGCCCUCAAACGUCUCACCUCUUCUCUGUCUUACUUUACUGCUUGAGUCUUUAAACUGUCCCUCAAUCUGCCGAUGGAUCUUUUUAGUAGAGUAGAAGUGUUCAAAUUUUGUUCCAGCCAACUCAAUGUAACGUUUACAUUUGACUUUAAGACAAGAAAAGUGAAGCUGUUGUCUGUUAUUUUGUAAUUUUAUUUAUUUCAGCUGUAUAUAUUGACCCUGUAAUGAUGUAAAAUAUUGAAGCAGUAACUCGGAAGACUGUGAAAUAGUUUUUUUGCUCUGAAAUUAAAGUGAUAUUA